AUGGCACGCUUUGAAGAGCUUAUGGAUCCAUCGGCAUGGAUUGGUGAUGGUGGCAAUGUUCACAAAGCGCGCCACCCUUGUGGGGAUAAUGUACUAACUUCAGAGAAGAGAAAAGCAGAGGCUUCCAGGAUUAUUGAGCGAUUUGGCGACAGACUUCCGGUGAUUUGUGAAAAGGUGGAGAACUCAGACAUACAAGAAAUUGACAAACGCAAGUACUUGGUGCCAGGAGACUUAUCUGUGGGGCAAUUUGUGUAUGUGAUAAGAAAGAGAAUUAAGUUGCCCAGCGAGAAGGCGAUUUUCAUUUUCAUCAAUGAUAUCUUACCCCCCACUGCUGCUCUCAUGAGCACGAUAUACGAAGAGCACAAGGACGAGGAUGGGUUUUUGUACGUGUUGUACUCUGGUGAGAACACGUUUGGUGAGCCAACGGAACAUCGCGAGGCGAUCAACUUGGCAGAUUUGGACUGGAGCGUCUUGAACUAG